AUGACAUCGACACAACAACGCGAACCCGAAAGGGUUAGUUUCCACUUGAUUUUUUUUUAAAUAUUUAAUAUUUUCAACUUUCCAGGUUAAUCUUCUUGCCGAUUCGGAUAGUGAGGAUGAAUAUAAACCACAACAAGAACGGUGAGUCAUUUUUCAUUAUGAUAACUUCAAAAACUGUAUUGAAUUUAGCUCUUCACAUUUCUGGCCACGCGAUUUGGCAAAUUCCGCUCACGCUGAAGCUGGAAUCGUCGACAAUGAAGGAAAAAUUCCGGGAUGCGUGGCAAGCGCCAAUCGAAUGAUCAGAAUUGGUAUGUUUUAUUGAUUUUCCUUUGUGUUGCUGAAAACUUAUGCAAACGUGUGAAAAAGAAAAAGAGGAGAACAAGAACCAUGCAAUUAUUUCUGUUUUCGAGAAUUCUGAAUAAUUAUAGAUGUUAUUGAAAUAUUGAAAUCAGAAGCAACUAAAGGUACAAAGAACAAUCUCACUUUUUUGCAGCUUUUCUCCGCAAAGUUCUUGGCAUCGUUUCGUUCCAAAUCAUCUUGACAAUUGCAAUCUGCACUGCGAUUUACUUCAUUCCAAAUUCAAAAAGUUUCCUUCAAAGAAAGUAA